UUCUGUAUGUGUUAUGUAGUCUACGUAGGAAGGUUGUUCUAGUUACUUUGUGGCUAUUUAACUGUGUUGCUUGGUUGUAGCUGAAUUCAGACUUCAAAUACGGAUAAUUUUAUCACCUGUAACAUGCGGGCCUUCGCUGCAGGAUGCGCGUUUGUUUUUGAGUACCCUAAAACCGUCACAGUCAUCACCCUAACAGGUGUGGGACUUUUUGCUUUGAAGAAAUGGAUGGCAGGCGGUGUGUGUCGCAGCAAAGUCCGUUUAGAUGGAAAGACGGUGCUGAUCACUGGAGCCAACACUGGGAUUGGAAAAGAAACUGCCCUUGACCUGGCUAAAAGAGGUGCAAGGGUCAUUCUGGCCUGCAGAGACAUGGACAGAGGCAACAGAGCUGCAGAAGAUGUGAGACAGAAGAGUGGAAAUAACAACGUCGUGGUCAAGACGCUGGACCUGGCAUCCCUGCAGUCGGUGCGACAAUUUGCUCGUGAUGUGUUAGCAAACGAAGAGCGGCUGGAUGUCCUCAUCAAUAAUGCAGGUAUUAUGUCCUGUCCACAGUGGAAGACCGAAGAUGGUUUUGAGAUGCAGUUCGGUGUGAACCACUUGGGACACUUUCUUCUAACAAACUGUCUGCUGGAUCUUUUGAAGAAGUCAUCUCCAAGCCGCAUUGUCAAUGUCUCCAGUUUAGCCCAUGAAAAAGGUCAAAUCUAUUUUGAUGACAUAAAUCAGGAGAAAAAUUACAACGGAUGGAAAUGCUACGCUCAAAGUAAACUCGCCAAUGUCCUCUUCACAAAGGAGCUGGCUCACAAGCUUCAGGGUACUGGAGUAACAGCAUACAGCCUCCACCCUGGAGUAAUUCGGACUGAGCUUGCCCGACACAUGUUGCCCACCAUUCCCCUGUGGAAGAGAAUUGUGUACAAACCAGUUGUUUUCUUCAUUAAGAACCCAACACAGGGGGCACAGACCACCAUCUACUGUGCUGUGGAUGAGAGCCUGCAGAAUGAGAGUGGACUCUACUACAGUGACUGUGCCCGUAAAGCUGCUGCCCCUCAGGGACUGGAUGAUGAAGCUGCUAAGAGGCUGUGGGAUCUGAGUGCCGCUAUGGUUGGUCUGACACAAUCUCAGUGACACUGAUGAUGACGGUCGUUGUUCUCACCAGACCAUAGGAUGUGUUGGUGCUCGUUCUGGAAUCACACAAAACGUAAGAAGUAGACAUUUAAAGGUUGAAUAUGGAACAGUUUAAUAAAAAGCUAUAUUUGAAAAAAAAUCCUACCUUUACGGAGCAUUUAGAGGUAUGCAGAACGAAGGUACAGUAUUUCCUUUAAAAGCUAAAUUUUAAUUCAAAUAUAAUGAAAUAUUUCUCUUGACGGGUAUGGCAAUGGGUUAAUGUUUACAUCUACCAUCCAAUAGAGGGCAAACAUGAGGGUUGCCAAAUACGGUAAACAGUUCGCUCGGCGCAGUGAGGCUGGCACUGUGGAAAAUCUCGGACUCGACAAGUGCUGGUACUGAGCCCAGAUGUUCUAAAGUUAAAUACUGCUGUAAAAUACAUGUACCAUGUCACUGGACAUGGUGCUGGCUAAUCACUUCAUGUGAACGUGGGUAUCCCGACGGUUGGAAACCUUGUUUCAUUGUUGCGGCUACAGCCUCCACACCCUAGAUGUCGCUGUGGUGUUUGUGUUCCGAGUCAACCUUUAACUAGACACUAGAACAGGGCUAUUCAAUUCCCGGGUCUCGAGGGCCGGGAUCCAGCACGUUUUAGUUUUAAUCCUGCUUCAACACAUCUGAUUUCAAUCAGCAGGUGUUUAACAGGCUUCUGCAGAACCCGACGAGCUGCUGCACAGGUGACUCAACCACUCAUCUAGUGUGCUGGACCAGAGAAAUCACUUAAACGUGCUGGAUACCGGCCCUUGAGGCCCGAACUUGAAUAGCCCUGCACUAGAACAAACUACUUCCAAAAACAUUGUGGAUUAUUUUUUAAUUACUUUUCCUGCUUGAUUCUUGUGUUACCAUUAGCAUAAAAAUAUAUGAUAGUUUACUAAUGUUUAUGUAAAUUAGUGUAUGAUGUUAUUUAAUACUUCAAAUAAAACUUUCAAGUAAGGUUGUUCAAACAGAAAUUAAAAAUAUUAGCUGAUAUAAUCAUUUAAAUGAUAUUAAAUAUCACUUUGGAAAUGACACGUGAUUUAACAGUAGUUUACCUUAUUAUUGGUGCAUUUUGAUUGUUACCUCCUUUGAAAAAAAAAUCAAAUACAUCAUUGCUUGUUUCACCUGUUAAAUAAACAAUAAUAACUCACA